AACGGCUAACAGCGAGCCGAGCCCCAGUUCUAUCCAGCAGCAGCGAUGCCCGCCACCAUGCCGCUAACCUUGUCCCCGCCCCGCCUCCUCCACCACCACCACCACGGCCAGGCCAAGCUCCGGCAGCAACGCACCACCGCCCGCCUCGCGCUCCUCCCGCGCCGCGCCGCUCGGCUCCGCUGCGGCCCCGACGAUGCCGCGGCCACAACCGCCGAGCCCGAGCAGCAGCCGGGGGAGGAGGAGGAGGAGUUCGUGCUCCUCGCCUCCAACCGCAGCGACUUCAACGAGGUCAUCAUGGUCAUCGACUCGCCCUCCAACCGCUACCUCGUCCUCGACCCCAGCCGCAAUGUCCACAGCAUUCUCCCCAAGAAGAGCGCCUGGACCAAUUCCUACUGGGAUGAGUUCGUCAGCCUACCUCCCGUUGUUCCACGUGGUCCUGUUGCACUUCUAGGUUUGGGUGCUGGGACAGCAGCACAUAUGAUGCUAGAAGUUUGGCCCUGGAUACAACUUAUCGGAUGGGAGAUUGAUCCGACGAUAAUUGAAUUGUCGAGGGAUUAUUUUGGUAUGUCCAAUUUAGAGAAGACCACGGAAUUAGGUGGUUCACUUUCGGUGCGUAUAGGCGAUGCGCUUUCCCCAUCGGCUACAGUUGAAGGAGGAUUUGCUGGCAUUGUUGUUGAUUUAUUUGCUGAUGGAAAAGUCUUACCUCAGCUACAAGAAGCUGAAACUUGGUUAGAGAUUGCAAAAAAGCUCAUGCCAGAUGGUCGAAUCAUGGUCAACUGCGGUGGAGCAGAUACCCCCGUAUCUCUUGCUGCUGACACGGGUGUUUCGUCUUGGGUCCAGAAUCCUACAAUCAAGGCUAUGUGCUCUGCGUUCCCUGGGCAGCUAAACUGGAAGAGACUUUCGGAGAAGGAGAGUGUAAACUACGUCGCGUUGACGGGUCCCCUUCCAGACCUGGAGGAGUGGUCAACCUCGGUUCCGAGCGAGCUAAGCCCAAGAGUGAAACAAUGGGUGCCUUGCAAGCUUGCGUGAGGAUGUGUGUUUUCUUCUGGUGGUGCCUUUGCUUGCUUCUACUUCCUCUGUACCUAAAUAAUUGUAGUUGAGAAGAACUAGACUAGUUCUCUCCAACUACAAUUAUUUAGGAACGGAGGGAGUACAACUUUGUCUGUCUCCUCCCUCCACGGUCCUUUUAAGGUGUACAUAAGGCCAUCUGUCUGCAUCUGAAGAAGUACCAUAUCUUAUCAGCACUCACAUGUGACAUGUCCAAGGAAGGAAUUGCGGUGGGGAAGGUUGUCUAUCUGGCUCCCGAAGCUUGAAGAACAGUGAAGUGAAGACAUGUCUGUUUAAUGGAGUUGAUCCUGAAACCGAUCCGAGGGAAGAUUGAUGCGUGUAAUCCUGAAACCGAUCCGAGGGAAGAUUGAUGCGUGUAAUCCUGAAACCGAGCCGAGGGAAGAACGCAUAGCACUACAAUUUUUGGCAUGUCCUUUUGACCUGCUGUUGAUUGCCAUUCAUCAUUCCAUGUCUUCAUGGUGUCACAAAGUGCCAAGUUCAGUUGCUGAUUAGUAAACGCGUGUUACAUACAUU